ACACCUUCGCGCCGCCGCGAGCUCUUCUGCAGAACCAAAAAAAGCCGGGAAAGCAGAGGGCUUUUUACAGUGUUCGAAUUCGAAAUCCAAAACACAGAAAAAUGUACAGAAGCGGAUAUGGCCUGAGGCUCACCUUUUUCCAGACAUUCAACUCCAUAAUCCUCCCCAAGAGCCAGAGCAACUCUAGUAGCUCUACCUCUAGGGUUUUCUCUUCUUCUUUCUCCACCAAGCGAGUGGGCACUCACAACGGCAGCUUCCACUGCGACGAAGCUCUCGCCUGCUUUCUAAUUCGCCUCACCAACAAAUUCUCCGCCGCUCGAAUCGUUCGAAGCAGGGACCCACAGGUCUUGGACACGCUUGAUGCGGUGCUUGACGUAGGCGGCGUCUACGAUCCGAUCAGAGAUCGCUUCGAUCAUCACCAGAAAGGUUUCGUUGAGGUUUUUGGUCAUGGCUUCAGUACCAAACUCAGUAGUGCUGGCCUUGUUUAUAAGCACUAUGGAUUGGAGAUAAUUGCAAAGGAGCUUCACCUUGAAGAAGGACACAGAGAUGUGUAUCGACUCUAUCUUGCCGUUUACAAAAACUUUGUAGAGGCAGUUGAUGCUAUCGAUAAUGGACUAAAUCAAUAUGACACACAUCGGCCACGAUAUGUAGAUAACACAAACUUGACGUCAAGAAUAGGAAGAUUGAAUCUGGACUGGGUGGAUCCUGAUCAAUCAGAGGAUAGAGAGAAUGAGGCUUUUCAACAUGCAAUGACACUGGCAGGAAGUGAGUUCCUGGAGACUGUUCGUUUGCAUGCGAUAUCAUGGUUACCAGCUCGAUCAAUUGUUAAGGAGUGUCUUGCAGCAAGACAAGAGAUUGAUUCCAGUGGUGAAAUUAUGGUGCUGACUAGAUCCUGCCCCUGGAAGCUUCACAUAUUUGAGCUGGAGGAGGAAAUGAAGAUUAAUCCUACCAUCAAAUACGUGAUCUAUCAGGAUGAAAGGAGUGGAAAAUGGCGAGUGCAAGCAGUGGCAAUCUCAGCUGGUAAAUUUGAAAGCCGUAAACCUCUUCCAUCUCCCUGGAGAGGUUUAACAGAUGGAGAGCUCUCCAAGGUGGCAGGAAUCCCUGGCUGUACCUUUGUUCAUAUCAGCGGGUUCAUAGGCGGUAAUAGAAGUUAUGAGGGUGCUUUGGAUAUGGCAAAAACUUCUUUGAUGGCUUAAAAAGGGAGAAAUUUGCUGGCUUCUGAUUCAGAGUUGAUUCUCAGGUCCUGGUUCAACUAGCAGGAUCUCUUGCUCUUUGAGCAGUAUAAUUUUGGCUUCUAAAAGAGUACAUCGACCGAGUGUUAAUUAUCUUUUUCGCAAA